AUGAAUAUUCUGCUCAUCGACUCGUACGACUCGUUCACCUUCAACCUCACCACGCUGAUUGAAAAGGCCGUGCCCGGAUCCCGGGUCAUUACCAUUCACAACGACUCGCUGCCGGCUUCUGAGUUGGUUGACAAGUAUCUCAGUGUGUUUGACGCAGUAGUUGUUGGACCCGGUCCAGGCUGUCCUCAGAACUCCGCCGAUGUCGGAUGUGUGCCCCAGAUCUACUCUAACAACAAGAACGUGAUUGUGCCUACUCUGGGAGUGUGUUUGGGCUUCCAGUCUCUGUGUUUGGGUAACGGGCUCAAUGUGGACCGACUGAAGCUCGUCAAACACGGCCAGGUGGCCCAGAUCACCCACAAUGGCGACAAACUGUUUGACAACGUGCCCAGCACCUUUGAUUCGGUCAGAUAUCACUCUCUGCAUGUGCCGUUGGAGGACGGAGAAUCUACUGCGAUCCAGCCCUUGGCCUGGACCUCAGACGACAUUGACGGAAAGAAGGUGGACAUUCUCAUGGCCGGAAAACACACUGAACUGCCAUUCUGGGGCGUCCAGUACCACCCUGAGAGUAUCUGCUCUGAUUUCGGAGGGAAACUAGUGGAAAACUUCUGGAGCCUUGCCCAGGACUAUAACAAGUCCCGUGAAUACCCUGCCAACAAGGACACUCUCCUAGCCGAUUUCACCGCUAAAUACUCCAUCAAACCCGCCCCUCUGACCAAAUCGGACCAGAACCUGUCCAUUGCCAAGCCUCUGGAAGAGACAGCAGCACAGAAGGGCGAGAUUUUGUUUGAGAAGAUUGCUCUGGAUCGAUCCAAAUUUUCCAAGGACGCAUACCCUGAAACCAUGGUUUGUCUGGGAGAGCAUCUCAACGACAAGAACCAAAAGUUUGUCAUGCUCAACUCUGCUGCCAUUCCCGGACGAUGGUCCAUUCUGGGCUUUCUGGACGAGGGAAAGACCCGAUGUAUCACCCACUACACCGACUAUAAGUCUUCUCACGCCUUCAUGAAGACCUGGGGAAAUGAUCCUCACGAGCUCCACAACAAUCACAGUGAAUAUCUUGUUAAGCUUGGCGAUGACGGCAUUUGGGGUUACCUCAGUGCCUACAUGAAGCCCAAGAUUGAGAAAUUCAAGUCGUGCAGAGACGUGAUUGACGACUGUCCGUUUUAUGGAGGUCUGGUGGGCUACUUUUCGUAUGAAACAAAUGAAACCAACAACAUUGAGUCUCUGGUCAACCCCACUCCGGCCGAUAGACCGUUUCCGGACGUGAAUCUCGUCGAUAUUGAGAGAUCUGUUCUUUUUGACCACCAGGAGUGCUGCCUCUAUGUCAUCUCAGUCACUGAUGACGACCAGUCUUGGAUCAAACAGACUUCUGAAGAGCUCAAGGAUUAUUUCUUCGCCCCCGAUUUCGAAGCCAAAAAAGAUAGACUCUUUUCGUCCAUUCCCUCCACUUCUGCUGCUCUCACUGGAGGCUCCCCCAAGGUGUCUAUUCCCGAUCAGGAUGACUACAUUAAGCGAGUUGAAAAGUGCCAGGACUACCUGCUUGCAGGAGAGUCGUACGAGCUUUGUCUCACUGCCCAGACUAAAAUCAAGGUUCCCAAGAAGCUGAACCCCUGGGACCUGUACAAGAUUUUGUACACCCGAAACCCAGCUCCAUACUCGUGUUUCCUCGACCUUCAGGAUGCUACCCUGGUGGGAUCUUCUCCCGAGCGAUUUCUUUCGUGGAGCAAGGAUGGUGUUUGUGAGUUCCGACCUAUCAAGGGUACUAUCAAGAACACUCCUGAGAUGACUCGCGCAAUUGCCGAGGAGAAACUCAACACCCCCAAGGAGCGAGCUGAGAACCUCAUGAUUGUCGACCUUAUUCGUCACGACCUCAACCAGAUGCUCAACAACGUGCGUGUCGACAAACUCAUGACCGUGGAGGAGUACAAGACCGUGUUCCAGCUUGUGUCAGUAAUUCAGGGCGAUCUUCAUGGUCAGUAUUCCGGUAUCGAUGCUCUGGCACACUCUUUGCCUCCUGGAUCCAUGACUGGAGCUCCCAAGCUGCGAUCCGUCGAGAUUCUCAGAGACCUCGAAAACAACCACCGACGAGGCAUUUACUCGGGAGUAUGUGGCUUUUGGUCUGUUUCCGAUCAGGGUGACUGGUCAGUCGUCAUUCGAUCUGCAUUCUCGUACAAGGAUGAGUCCGAGGCCUGGGAACACGCCGACGAUCCCGCCUCCAUGGAAAGUUCGGCCCAUGAGUCGACUGGUGAGUGCCAGAUUUGGCGAAUUGGAGCUGGAGGCGCCAUCACUGUGCUUUCGGAUCCUAUGGAGGAGUGGCUUGAAAUGAAGACAAAGUUGGAGAGUGCGUUGCAGGCGUUUGUCUAA